UUUAUAUUAUAUAGAAAAAAUUCUAUCUCCGCUACUGACGUGAAGUUGCAGUGAAGAAGAGAGGAAAAGCUCAAAUGGUGAUGGCGUAGGAGAAGAGGAAUUGGUGUGCGUGAAAAGUAAUGGGAAGACUUUCCAUAUGGAAUUAGUGUGUGACGUUGAAAUCCAUGGAAAAAUUACGCUUUUUUUGACUAUGUAAAGUAUUUAACGAAUGAAAUGUGAGAAGAAGACUAAUAGAUUCAUCUACAUAUACAAAAAUCUUCAAUAAACCCUUAUUUUGAUUGUUGAUUCUUACUCUCUGAAGAAUGAUUUUGAUUGGGUUUGAAGAAUUUUGUAUAUUUAGUCGUUGUAGUUGACGGGGUCUUCUUCUUUGCCCUCUUUUUCUCCGUCAACCCUUUUCUGGGUUUUGUCUUUUUCUCUUUAAUUCAUCGAAAGUUGUUAUCUUUUUUGGUAUUUUUGGAUACCCAAAUCAAAAGUUUUUUUUUUUUUAGUACAAUAUGGUGUUUUGGAGAUUGGUUGUGGUGCUGAUUACGUUGAUUUCAGUUUCUUUGGAGCAAUCUAAUGCAAGCUCUGUACACCCUUUGCAGCGUUUAGAUAAUCAGGUAGCUCCAUCACCAAGGUCUGGUGCUGCUGUUAAAGGGAAUUUAGGUACUGAUCAAGUCCCUGUAGGUCAGCCAACGGCGGGUUUUGGUAGUGGUACUUGUACUGGUGUGUCUAAUAAGUGUCAGGAUGAUCAUAUUGGUAUGACUGCCUGCUUUUUUCCUGCCGGGAAAGGACAUGAGGAACCAUUUCUGUUCGUCCUGAACAACGGUGACAAUGCUUUGAUGCUGAAGGUCAAUGUUUCAUCUGCAAACAAAACUUAUGAGAAUAUUCAGAUACCAAAACGUGAUUUCAAACAGAUUAAUAUCUCGUCCAAAAUUGGAGGGAGUUCGUCAAUUAUGCUUGACGCUGGAACUGGGAAAUGUACGAUUAACAUAGGACGCUCAUUGUGGCAAGGCUACUUUAACAUGCCAUCUUAUACCAUGUAUGUGAACCCAACUAAUGGGGCAUACUUGCUUGGUAUGACAGCUCUUCUUAUAGGAGGAAUAGUUAUCUGCUGCAAGUUGAGAACGCAGGAUCGACAUGUUGAUGGUAUCGCAUAUCAGGAACUUGAAAUGGGACAACCCGAACCUCAAUCUUCCAUGAAGCUAGAAAUUUCCUCGGAAGGGUGGAAUGAGAGUUGGGACGAGGAUUGGGAUGACGAGAAGGCAGUUGAGUCACCGGAUGGGAAAACCAUAAGCAUAAAACUAGCAAAUGGUGAUCAUUGUAAUAAGAGUUAACUAACACACAGACCAAGAUAUCAGGUACAUCACGGAAUUAGUUGAGGUGCGUGAUAGCUGGAAAAAAAAGACAGAUUUUGUCCAUUUUGUUGAAGAUGUUCAUAGGGAAAAACUGAAAGUUUGAGAAUGCACUAGAUACACAUAUGAUACAGGAACAGGAGAUCUCUAUAUAAUUAUAUAUACAGUUUUAGGCAUUUUGAAUUGUGGCCUGAGGACUCAAGUUAUUAUAUAAAGAAUUGGUUUACUAUUUGA